CCAUCACCGCCAGGGCCUGGUGCCUGGCCCAUGGCAUAUCCUCCUCUUUCUGUCCCACCGGUGACACGGGUAUCCCCAUAUGUAGCCCCGUCAACGGUCGCUAUCGUUUCCCUGGGCAUGCCGCUUACAGGAGGGUUGUCAACAGGUCCUAGUGUACAGGUUCCAGUACAGUCAGUGGUCACCCAGACUCCGUCGCAGGUUGCUAUUAGUGGGCAACCAGUUGUCUUACAGCCUGUUCAGCCGCAGGGGUCUCAGCCCCAUCAGCAACAGGUACAACAAGCUGUUCCCCAGAGUCCACAGCCUGGACAGCUGCAGGGACAACCGCAAUGGGUUCCAAAGACCGCCAUAGCCGCACCUAAGCCUUUUACAGGCGACAAGCGAGGCGAAGACCUUGACACGUGGUUGAGGUCUGUGCCGGUUUAUGUCAGGUGUAAGCUUACCUUGCCGCAUGAGGAAGUGCUUGUGGCUGCCUCGUACCUGGAGGGUAGUGCAGCAAGAUGGUUGAGCAGUCUGGUACAGCUGCAGGGAUAUGGUUAUGACUUCCGCGCUUGGGCAGCCAGCCAAAAGCUGGUUGAUUUUCUCAAGUUAGUAGAGGAAAGGUGGCAUGAUCCUCAGGAGGCUCAAAAGGCCACUGACGCGAUCCUGACUUUGAGCGCUCGAUCGUUCAAGUCAGUUAGGGAAGCCAUAGACGCAGUAGAGCGUCUGAUCUGUGUCCCUGGGGUUCGCUAUGACCUCCAAGUCUUACUGACAACUUACCUGAGGUGUCUGCCGAUGCCAAUUAGGAAUCAGUUGGCAGUUGAGGCUAAUAUCAACAUGCACAACUUUCCCUCGUUUAGCAAGAAGGCCCUAGACCUUGAAGCUAAGAUAGGGCAUGGACACAACCCAGCGACGGAUGGGAGAAAGAAGACCCUGCCUCUUAACUGGAAAGCCAAGGGUCGCAUUAUGUUUGUUGACAAUGAUGGGUCAACCAUUGAGUUGGAAGACGAACCCCAAUUAGGAGUAGGUGCAGAGGCAGGUGGCGAAACUUCAGAGGGUGGAGUAGUCGCCGCCGUAACCCUACAAAAAGACGAGUGCGAAGCUGCUUUCAGACAUCUGAAGCAUGCAUUGAUGCACUACGAGGUCUUGAAACCGCCUGAUCCUGAUAAGCCGUUUAUAGUUACCACGGAUGCCAGCCAAUAUGGCAUUGGCGCCGUGCUCGCACAACAGGAGGGGCCAAAGUUGGGGCCAGUCGAGUACAUGUCGAAAAAGAUGCCGUCUCAGAAGUUGGCAAAGUCCACCUACGAGAAGGAACUCUACGUUGUGUACAAGGCUCAGACCCAUUGGAGACACUAUCUCCUUGGGAGAUUCUUCAUCCUCAGGACUGAUCAUCAGACUCUGAGAUGGAUGAGAACUCAGCCCGUACUUUCUGACGCCCUGAAGCGUUGGAUCGAAGUCAUUGAGCAGUAUGACUUCGACCCCCAGUAUCUGAAAGGAGAGUACAACAAGGUUGCAGAUGCCUUGUCACGUAGACCUGAUUUCUCAGGUGCGCUAAUUACUGAGUUCGAUCUCACGAACGAUGUGACUCACUCUUUGGUGGAAGCCUAUCGCGAGGACCAAUUCAUGUCUGAGAUCAUACGCAGACUACAGGCAAAGGACAAGAAGACCUCUGCCGAGUUUGAGUUGGUCAAUGGCUUGCUGUUCCUUGAGAAGCCAGGGAAUAAACGAUUGUGUGUUCCUAAUAGUGAGUCUUUGCGUAGUUUGUUUUUAGGUGAGUGUCGUGAUGCCACCGGCCAUUUUGGGUAUAAAAAGACCGCAGCCAACUUGCUGUAGCGGUUCUGGUGGCCCACGAUGAUGCGAGAUGCC